AUCUUAACACCUAAGUUAUUCACGAGAAGUCCGCCGAAACAAAAACUCAUCUAAUCAAAUUUAAAACGAAAUCCACUGAAAAUGUUUCAAAAUCUAGUGGUGACCGGAUUGACUCCAUUAUGUAACACGAAUGAGAUUCAAAACUGGGAUAACAGGCCAUUUAACGGGAAAUGGUCUGAAAAUCAACGUAGUUUCGUCGGAGGUGCCGAUGUCAAAAAAACGAUAAGGAAGAAACCCAAGCGAGUUCGCACAGCCUACUCAACCGAGCAGAUUCGAGCAUUAGAAAAAAUAUAUAGCACCACCAAAUACAUCGAUGCCAAGCGCCGCAAGGAACUCGCAGGCACCCUCAACAUUGGAGACAAGGCUCUCAAAAUAUGGUUCCAGAACCGGAGAAUGAAGGAAAAGAAGAAAUCUUCGGAAUCCAGCUGCGACACCUCAUCCGACAUCGUAAGCUGCCAGUCUCCAAUACUAACAAAUGAUUGCGUGGAGCAAAAUGUCGACACGCACAUUCCCUACCAAAAUAGUGGGGUAUACGAACCUGAACAGUACCAGUUUCCUACUUUCUAUUACCAAGAUAGCGCAACUGGACAAUGUUAUCAAAAUGGAUAUGGAUAUGAGCCAAAUUCCCCCAGUUUUGAUGUUGAUAUUGCUGUUAAUCCGACUCAGUAUUAUCCUAUUGAUAACCACUAUAACAAUGUAGAAUUUAACGCUUAUAACCAAGCUCAAAAUGCGUAUGGAAUGGACAGUUGGUUUGCCAAGUCGUAUGAUUUUAACUGCUAUAACCUGCAACAAGCUUAACUUGUUUUACAAAGGUAAUAAUAGUAAGUGCUGCCAGUGAUUUUAUAGAUCUGUACAGUAGGAUUAUUUUUAUUAUAAGUACUUUAAUUUGUUUGUGAAUAUUGGUGUCCCCAUAAUUUCAUCGCGACAUUUUGUACCUCUGCAAUAAUUGAUUUAUUAUUGUUCACUUAAAAUAUUGCGUACAAUACUGAGUCUACUACUGAUAAUACCAUUUUAAUUUAAUAAGUAUAAAAGAAGUUCAUAAAAACAUAAUAUAACUUUUACAUUAAAUAAAAAUAACAAUAAAUAUAGCUAAUAACUACUUAAAACUUAAAUUAAUAUUAAAUUUUACAUUGUUACAUUGAUUUAGUUUAUUUUCAAGAAUACUUUUUUUAUUUUCAUGUGGUUAUAUAUUAGGAAACUUAGCGUUUAAGUAAAAAACGCAUAAAAGAUAAACAUGAAAAUUUUUCACUGUACUUAUGACAAAUUUAUUUAUAAUAAUACGUUAAAUUAGAAAUAAUUAAUUACGUACCGAAGUUCUUUUAGGUACUACACUGCAUGCGAAAAAUCAUUAUUUAUUAACUUAAUUUUAAAUUAUUGUCAACGAAAUGUAUUAUUAGUACUUAGUUACUAAUUAAUUUAUAAAAACCGUUCAAAAGAACAUGAUUAUUUUUCUUUCACGCAUGCUAUUUAUUAUCUUCCGGUUAUUUAUUAGUAAACGUAGAAUUAGCUAAUAUUUAUAAAAAGAUAAAUACGUCAAAUAAUUGAUGUUAUAUUAUUACUAUUUAAUAAAUUAUGUACUUACACUUCGUUUUGUACGAAGUACGUUUAAUAUUUAAGCAAUAGGUACUAUGCACACCAGUAAUUUAAUUUAUGAUAUUUAAUAUAAAUGUCAAAUGAAAUGUAGCUAUGAUUAUCAUAAAAUGUACACAUAAUUUAAGAAUAACGGGUUUCUCUGUAUAUUAUUUAUUUCUAUCUUCUACUUUUGCUGACAUUCUACUUUUUGUAUAUUUUAAAUGCUUUUCUAUUAAUUUUGCUAGUAACAACUUUUACUAAAUAUAACAUUUUACUUACAAACUCGCGUUUAGCACACAUAGUUAAUAUCAUUACCGGGUCUUACGCGAUUAAAUUUCACGAAAAAACGUCGGAAAAAAGGUAAAAUUAUUAAAUUUAAUCGCGUUAGACCCGGUAAUGACAUUAAUUAACUUUUACUAAAGUUUUUUUCUGUACAUAUAUGUAAUUUGGAAUAUAAGAUUCUGUUUUUGAAGUUUCAAUAAAUAAAA